AGUACAAAAUUCAAAAAAUAUCAAUAAACCGCUGCCAUCAAACGGGUAAACUGUCAAAACAAGAUUCGGAUGAUGCUAACAAAAACUUACCGCUAACGGCGUCACUCGUAAACAGUUUUCCAUAAAAUAGUUCAAAAGUGUCUGAAAUAGUGCGUGAAAUCGGUGUUUUACUGGAACAGAAGCCAACAUGCCACCCCGGAAACGUAAAAUCAAAGUGGUGGUACCGACCAGUUCGCCGGAAAAGGCCAAGUUCAGUGUAGUCGUCAUACAGACCAUUCUGAACGCGCAGGAAAGUGAAACCAGUCAUGUAAAGCUGAUCAAAGAACUGAAGAACAUCUAUCCCACGAUACCUCAUGAAUCGUUCAUGAAAUCCUUCAUCCAAUCGCUGAAAGGUGCCAUGCAGCAUGACGAAACCAACGAAUUCGCGAACAACCGACUGAAACUUUGUGCCAAGUUCAUUGCCGAUCCGGACCACAGCGAGCAGGAACUUACCCAUCCGAUCAUCAUCACCGCCUUCGAUUGGCUGCUGAAUACCAUCAGCCCGGCUGCAAUCGUCCGGUUCCGCAUCUGCCAGUUUGUCAAUCUGGUGCUGAAUGCGAUGGGACCGGAAGCCUCGUUAGAUGAUGACAUCUGCGACAAGAUCCUGCGCUACAUGUUGGAACGGAUGCGCGAUGUCGCUCCUAAUGUCCGUGUCCAGGCGGUGCUGGCCCUACAGCGUUUGCAGAACCCGGACGAUCCGGAAGAUUGCGUAUUUCGAACGUACAUCUACCACUUGGAUACGGAUCCAUCGCCGAAGGUUCGCCAGACGAUCAUAUCGUCGCUGGGUCGGAACUACCGAACCAUUCCGUACAUCAUCGAGCGCCUGUGGGACGUGGAGGAGCGUGUCCGGCGGCAUACGUACCUGCAGAUGAGCAGCUACCCGGUGAAGCAGUAUAAGGUUGCUCAAAGAUUGACGUUCCUGGAGCAAGGACUGAACGAUCAUUCGGAAUCGGUUCGGAAGGUGGUCAAGAACGUGAUGAUCCCGCAGUGGUUCGAGUCGUACCAAAAGGAUUACGUGGCGUUUGUGAAAGCGUUGAAGAUUGAUGCCGACGAGAAGGAGUUGGUGCGGUUCCGUAAUACCGGAAAGUUGGCCUUGUUCGAGAUUUUUUCAAAAUAUGGAAUAGCCGACGCAAUGACCAUGCUGGGUAUGCGCGAAGAUGAUAAAACGGUUCCGCUAGAGAAUUUAACCAUUGAGACGGCAGUUUGUUGGCAGGCGCUGUUGGAGUUCCUCCAAAAGACCGAGUCGGAUGAGUUGGACAACUUGAUGGUGGAUUUGUCCACGUUUUGUAACUACGUCAAAGUAUUUGCCGAAACACCAACUGCAUGCAACUACAUCCGUUUGCUGGCCGAAGAUCCAUCGAUGAUCACCGAUAAGCUGCAAAAAAUGUACUUCCAAUCGAUGCUGCAAAUCCUACUGGAGAUUGUCGAUUCGUACGACUUUGGUGACGAGUUUGGGCGCGAAACACUGAAGAAGAUUCUAGCGGAUGUUCUCUGCUGUUGCGAUCUGGACGAGGAUAACGUGAAGAUCAUCCUGUCGAUUUUUGAGCGUUUGAUCGGAGAUGUGGAAACGCGAUUCAAGUUCUUUGUCGAUUUGAUUAACAGUGUGCUGGAGCCCUCUCGGACGGAUGUUUCCAAUUCAUCCCGUUCGCUGGUGGAGGAAUAUUUGGAGAAGAAUCCGGAUAAGAGUCUCCAGAUGCAGAUCACCCGGCUACGGUUGACAAUCAUGGACCUGAAGGAGCAGGAAAUGGAAAAGGUGAAUCGGAAGGACUAUGCUGGAGCGCAGAAGGUCGCUGAAGAGCUGAACUCUGCAAAUGAAGAGUAUGCUACGUUGUUGAAACCGAUUCUGAUGGAGGUUUCUUCAACCAGUGAGGGAAGCUCGCUGUUUAGGGAAUCCAUGCUGAGACCUAAGAAGAUCACAAAUGCUACCAUCAAUAAGUGCUUGCAGAUUUCCUUUUAUCUGGUGAACAGUUCAACGGUGCAAUCAUUGACGCCGAUAGUGUGCGACCUGUACAAGACUUUCAUCAGUCGCUACGUGGAAUCCGCCGAGAUUGCCACCAGAGAUUGGGCUUUGCGUUGUUCCGUAGCGUUCAGCAUGUUGUACGAUGGACUGUCGAAAGAAACGUUCCAAUUGCUCUAUCAUCAGUUCUUCCGUAACCACUGCACUAGGAUCUGGCAAACCUCGAUCGAAGGAAUUUUCGAACUAAUGGAUCAUUACGGAUUUGAACAUUUCGAUGUCGAGUCGAAGAAGGACGAAUCAAGGAAAAACACGCGCCAACUCUUCAACACCAUGGACUAUUUGGACCAGGACGACGAUGCGAAUACCUCAAGCACCGGAACGGGGGUCGACUUGAUGCGAAUGAUGACACACUUUUUCGAAACCUGUGAGGACAAUGUCAUCUGUUCGGCUAUCGUGGACGGUUUCUGUCGGUUGAUCCUCCACGGUCACUGCACAUCCCAAGAUAUUAUGUCCAAGUUGCUGCUGAAGUAUUUCAAUCCCACCACCGAACCCAAAACGCAACAAAUCUUGGGCAUCUUCUUCGAGUGUUUGAUCAAGAAGAAACGUCAGGAAAUUCUACAGAAGGCAUUGCUUCACACACUGUUCACGAUUCUGGAGGCUCCCAAUGACAGCCCCCUACAGGAGGUGAAACCGGAACACGUGGUAAAGUUUGUCAUCGAUUCGACCAAGCCGGUGUUCUGCAGUCCGGGAUUGAAUCCGCACAAUACGAUCGCGAUAUCGUUUUUGCAGGUCAUGCUAGAUAAUCUCAACUACAAAGAUCUGCUGAAAUUACUCAGUAAAGAGUUAUUGACUCUAGAAAUCUCGGACGAUGCGGUACUCAAGAAUGAUAUCACCCACUGCAUCGAUCAGAUUCUCCAAGAGCAAACGCUCGAUCCUAAGAUUAUCAAGAAUCUCAAAGAUUUCAAAGAGAUGCUUCAGGGUACCUAUCGGGAGUCGCUCACAUUCUCCUCGUCGCGUGCUCCUCCAGCAGCUGCACCCGAAGAACAUGAUCCUGACCAUAUUUCGGAUCCCGAUGAACCUCCGGAAGCACCCUUGGACGAAGAAGAACCUCCCAAAGAUCCCAAGGAAGUACCUCAGAUCAAUAAAUCAUCUCUUCAGAAGGACGACAGUGUCCUUACUCAAUCGUCUCCGGCUAAAUCCGCUCCCGCCCCUGCUCCAGCUUCGCCCGUCGUUCCUCAAACCCCAACAACUUUCGGCUCUGACAACACAUCCGGAAUGAAAUCUCUGCGCAAAUCUAUGAACGUUUCGGACAGGAAUGUGGCCAGAGAAGUGUUCAAAGUCCCGGAUGCGAACGCUACUAAAAAGCUACGCCAAAAGCUACAGAAAGCAGCUGACAAAAAGACCAAACCCGAUAAGCAACCGGAAAAGGACGAAAGCGACGAAUCUCCCGCAUCACCUGAGAGCGAUGAGCCCGAACCGGCAGCGGAAGAAUCGUUUGCCAUUCCUUCGACGCAGGACAUUUCCGGAGUUUCGUCCAUCGACGGAGACAGGUCGAUACUGCAUCUGGAGAUUCCGGAAACGCAACGCCCCAUGGAAGGACAAAGCACUCCGAUCCAGCGGACGCCUACCAAGAGGAAGAUCUCCCACGGGAGUACCGAGGAGGAGGAAGAGGAGAUAGUUGAUUCAUCGCCCAAUGUCGUGACAAGUCGUCGGGAUCGCUCGAUGGUACGCCCUCCGGCAUCCGCAAAAUCGAUUGCAAAAUCGCAAAGUGCUGCCAAAGUGGAACAACCACGUACUCGCAAUACUGCCCGAAAGGAAAUCAUCAACACGAAAGUGAUGACCCGGAAGUCUCUCACGGACAUAACCGGAGGUAUCAAAGGAUCCAAACGAGGCAGCCUUACCGGAAUCGAACCCUUGGAAAGAAGCCCUCCAGUGCGAAGGAAAGAUCGCAGCUCCGGUGAGGGAAGUAAAAUGCCGGAAAAGUCUGCGAAAAAAGAUAGCAAAACGACGCCGGCUGUCGCAAAACUACCCUCGAAACGACUAGCAGCAGCAGCUGAUCAGGAGAAACCCGCCUCGGCAAACAAAGAAGCAGCUAAGGAAAAGGAACCAGCUGAAAAGUCCAAAUCGACGAUUAAAAAGCAGACAAAUACAGCUAAAAAGGCAGAAGAAGCUAAAACCGAUUCACCCGCCAUAAGAACAAGUAGAAGAAAUUUGAACAAAGACGACAGUAGUGCUACGUCCUCGUCGAAAAAGAACAGCGAAAAGCAGGCAGUCGAGAAGAAGACCCCUGCCAACAGUAAAAAAUCCGCUCCAGAAAAACCAAGUCCUACAGCAGUGCCUUCCGCCUCCAAGCGAACAACGCGAAAAUCCUCAGACAAAUCUAGCACCCCUUCUAGUGAGAAGCCGGAGAAAGGAUCGACUCGGUCUGCUUCCAAGCCCGUACCACCAGAGAAACCCACCUCCCGAGUCUCGCUAACGCGCCAAAAUGCCGUACAGGAAUCCGCAAGUUCGACGCCAACCGCGGCCAGCAAAUCGCAACCCAGCAGCAACAGCUCAACGAAAAAUCCUGUGAAACGCACCAUGUCCACCCGGGGAUCGAAAGGCAGCAUUGCUGGAUCUCCGGCGGCAUCGCUGUCCGUGUCGUCCAUCGGUUCGGAUUCUUCGACGAUGGCAAGCCCCGUGCGGCCCAAAAGGACGGCCGUUACCCCACUCAGUGGCGAAAGUGCCGUCACAACAAGAAGCACAUCCACCCCGACCCGGCCAGCUCGGAAAGCUGCCAAAAAAUAAAAUAGUGCGAAGAGUUUGUUUGUCAAUUUGAAAUAGGUUAAAUUUCCUUUUGUACGUAACUAACGCCACGAGGUCGUGAAAUAAACUAGUACACGGUUA